AUGUUCGCCCCAAGCAUCACUUUAAGAAAUAAGGACCACAGCUUGCCGCCAUUAUUACUCCCAAAUUUGCAUUUAAUAUCUAAUACCAAGAAUUUGAAAUCUACUGUGCCGACUACAUUUAAUAGUAAUGAUGUCACUCCAAGUGCAUACGUGACUUCAUCUGAAAAGUCCAUUGAUUCAUCUAAACAUUUCACAUUAACUCCCAUUACAUCUUCACCAAAUAUUUCAGGUUUAGACAAAUUAGCUACUAUAGCAAUUAAUGAUUUACCAGAACGUAUUGCUGAAGCUCAAAAGUUAAUUGAUAAUAAGCUUUCCGCUGAGUAUAUAUCUUCCAGUCACAUUUCAAAAAAGAGGAAAAGAAGGUCUGAUUCAUUGUCAUUAGAUAAGCCAUUUACCAAACAAUCUGGUGUUACAAAGAUGACACCAGCUCCUUCACCACAACCAUCUCAGCCUGCUUCUUUAUCCAGCUCUGUUACAUCUUCUCCUCAAUCGAUGAUUGUUCAGCCUCUAUCAGUUGGUACUAGUCAAGAGAAAUCUCUCUCUCAGCAAACUUCAACCUCAAACGUGGAGCCAAUUCGUCCACCUUCCAAAAGACAAAGGAUUGGUCCAAGCUGUGAUGGUUGUCGUUUGAAGAAAAUCAAAUGCAAUGCCUCCAUAGAAACAUUAUAUCAAGAUCGUUCUGUCAUUCCAAUGUUUAGCAAUUUAUUACAUCACAAACUAGGAGAUACAGAAAUACAAUACUUAGUUAAUGAUCCACAAAUAAGAUUAAGAUUUCCAUCCAAUUAUGAUAAGGCAUCAUGCUCCAUUGUUAAACACAUAGAUAAGAUAAUGUUUUUCAAGCCAUGUACCUCCUGUAUAAAGAGAAAGAAUACUUUCCAUGAUUGUUUAUUCUCAAAAGGUUUCACAAGAAUUGACAUCAAUAUUUUUAAUAAGAUCAACAAUAGUUUACUAAAAAAUGGUCAAAAGGAAAAGACUAUAUUUGAAGUUACAGUCGAUGAUUAUCGUAAUACUAAUUCCUGA